CCUCCUCGCGCGUCCCCGCGCUCUGCCUUUUCUCGCUGGAUCGCUCCUUGCUCGCUCUCUCCGCCCCUCCUUAUCUCGGUGUAAAGGUAGCAGGAGGAACGGUGCAAGUGACGGGGCUGGAGCGGGCAGAGGCGGCCGUACCAACACAGCAAGCGCACAUUGAGCCAUUACCUUAUCCCCCCGGGAUACUCAAUUCCAUUCACUCACACACGUGCGCACGCACCACACACGUAAGCGAUGCCCUCGGCCACCAGCAGUGCGAUGGCGAGUAACAGCAGCAAAGCGGGAAACGAGGCGGCGGCACCAGCACCACCAGCAGUGACAGUAACUGCGGGAGCUCCAUCUCAAACGGUGACGGCGGUUCCAGGCGGUAGCACGAGUUCGGUGCAGACCGAAGCAAUGAAGCAGAUUCUGGGCGUCAUCGACAAGAAGUUGCGCAACCUGGAGAAGAAAAAGGGCAAACUUGAUGAUUAUCAGGACCGAAUGAACAAAGGAGAACGCCUUAACCAAGACCAAUUGGAUGCUGUGUCCAAGUACCAGGAAGUCAGUAAUAACCUGGAAUUCGCUAAGGAACUGCAGAGGAGUUUCAUGGCUCUGAGCCAGGAUAUUCAAAAAACAAUAAAGAAGACAGCUCGACGGGAACAACUAAUGAGAGAAGAAGCUGAACAAAAACGUUUAAAAACAGUACUUGAAUUGCAGUUUAUUUUGGACAAAUUGGGUGAUGAUGAAGUGCGCAAUGACCUUAAACAAGGAACAAAUGGAGUGCCGGUAUUAACAGAGACAGAAAUGUCAACACUAGAUGAAUUUUACAAGCUAGUUGAACCUGAACGGGACAUGAAUGUGAGGUUGAGUGAACAGUAUGAACAGGCAUCCAUUCAUCUGUGGGACUUACUGGAAGGGAAAGAAAAACCUGUAUGUGGAACAACCUAUAAGGCCCUAAGAGAAGUUAUUGAACGCAUUCUUCAAACAAGUUACUUUGACAGUACUCACAACCAUCAGAACGGAUUAUGUGAAGAAGAGGACACAGUGCCUGCACCUGCAAUCGAAGAUGCUGUUGCAGAAGCUGAGCCAGAGCCAACGGAAGAAUACACUGAACCCAGCGAAGUUGAAUCAACAGAGUAUGUAAACAGACAGUUCAUGGCAGAAACUCAGUUCAGCAGUAGUGAGAAGGAGCAGGUAGAUGAGUGGACAGUUGAAACUGUUGAGGUGGUAAAUUCACUGCAGCAACAGCCACAGGCUACAUCUCCUCCAGUUCCUGAUGUCCAUACACUUACUGCUGUGGCUCAAGCAGAUCCUCUCGUUAGGAGACAGCGAGUACAGGACCUAAUGGCACAAAUGCAAGGCCCCUACAACUUCAUGCAGGACUCCAUGUUGGAAUUUGAGAACCAGGCACUCGACCCUGCUAUUGUUUCGGCCCAACCAAUGAAUCCAGCACAAAACUUGGAUAUGCCACAGAUGGUUUGCCCUCCAGUUCAUACUGAAUCCAGGCUUGCCCAGCCCACCCAGGUUCCUGUACAACCCGAAGCCACCCAGGUCCCCUUGGUUUCUUCCACAAGUGAGGGAUAUGCAGCAUCCCAGCCCAUGUAUCAGCCUUCGCAUUCAACAGAGCAACGGCCUCAGAAAGAAUCAAUUGACCAGAUUCAGGCUUCAAUAACCUUAAGUGCAGAUCAGACACCAACAUCAUCACCACUUCCAACUGCAUCCCAGCCUCAGGUAUUUCAGGCUGCCUCUAGCAAACCUUUGCAUAGCAGCGGAAUCAAUGUUAACGCAGCUCCAUUCCAGUCCAUGCAAACAGUAUUUAACAUGAAUGCACCUGUUCCUCCUGUCAGUGAGCCAGAAACCCUAAAGCAACAAAAUCAAUACCAGACUAGUUACAGCCAGACUUUCGCCAGCCAACCUCACCAAGUAGAGCAAUCGGAACUUCAGCAAGAACAGCAGCUUCAGACAGUGGUUGGCACCUACCAUGGUUCCCCGGACCAGUCCCAUCAAGUGGCAGGUAACCACCAACAGCCUCCACAACAGAAUACUGGGUUCCCACGUAACAGUCAGCCUUAUUAUAACAGCCGGGGAGUGUCUCGUGGUGGAUCACGCGGCACUCGAGGCUUAAUGAAUGGAUACAGGGGACCAGCCAAUGGGUUUAGAGGAGGGUAUGAUGGCUACCGCCCUUCCUUUUCCAACACUCCAAAUAGUGGUUACACACAGGCACAAUUUAAUGCUCCUCGGGACUAUUCAAACUACCAGCGGGAUGGAUAUCAACAGAAUUUCAAGCGUGGCUCUGGACAAAGUGGUCCUCGGGGAGCCCCUCGAGGUCGUGGAGGGCCCCCGAGACCCAACAGAGGGAUGCCUCAAAUGAAUGCUCAGCAAGUGAAUUAAACUAAUUCACAGGAUUACAUUUAAACGCCAAAAACACACUGGCCAGUGUACCAUACAUGUUCCAGAAGAGUUAUCUCUUUGUUCUCCUUUAUAGGAAGUUCUUAGUAAAGGGAUUAUUUUCAUUGCCCAUAAAGACAAGACUACAGUUUGUCGGCUUUAUAUACCUGGAUAUGGAAAGAAACAACGUUUACUCUGCAUGUUCUGUCCUAAGCAUCAUCUUCAGCCUUGCACAUGAGAUCCAGAAUUUUUACCCUUGCUCUGAUUAAAAGCAAAAUGGCAGUUUUAGGGUGAUGAAAAUCUCCAUAGUUAACUGAACAGGCAGAAAUAACCCAAUUGACUCCAUUGAUGUUAUAAAGUGCUGAAGCAAAUUUGGAUAAAAAUCUCUAAAUCCAUAAAUGUUUUACUUAAACAAUUGGUUUAUUUAAACUUUUACAUGAAAGGAAGAUGGAAGAAGUGAAGUGUGGUUUGACAGAGCAAUUGCAUUUAACCUUUUUCUGUUAGACUGAAGCACUGAACAUAUACAAAGCAUAAUAAAUGAUGCCUACACCCCAACUAAUAAGCUGAUGGACAGCUUAGGCACACCCUUAGUUACAGCAUUUUCUACUAGGCCUGACAUGCUGUGGCAAAGGGAUGCAUUAAUUAUUUUGUGUAGCUGUUGAUAUAAUUGUGUAAACCCCAAAUUAGGCUUUGAUUGGCACUUUAAAUUUUUCUGUAAGAAAUAGAAGAUGUAAUCUGAAUGGCUACAUCUGUUCCAAUGUGAAGUGUUAAAGAGUUCUCUCCUGAACACAUUUCCUAGAUAGCAAUGACAUUUGUAAGGAUAGGUAUUCUUAUCUUUCCUUAUGACUUGCACAUUGUCUGUCACCGAUACUUGAUCUUGCUGUAUUAUUUUUACCCAAAUAACUGAUGCCGGUACUGAGAGAAAUUAAUGGAUGUUCAUUACACUUUUGGUCACAUGAUUUCUCUUUUGCAGUCUGAAGGUUUUAAGAAAUCUCAUAUCCCUGCUGCUGCCCUUUUAAAUUGCUCUCUUUUGAAAAGCACCAGUAUGUGUUUGGAUUGGUUUCCCCUUUAAGGGAAAUUACAGCCAGCAGUUGCAGAUCUAAGCAAGAUAAAUAAAACAUGUUUAUAUAAAAAAAUGUAUUCUUUUAACGUAUCUUAAGUGACUGAUGCAAAUGUAAGGGGGAAACAGAAACUUCAGACGCACAUUCCCUGAACUUUAAAUGUUAACGUGUGUUCAAAAAUAUUCAAAAAGUUAAUAGAUGUCCCUCAUGUAGACGUUUGUGUGGUGUCUCAACACUUUUUAUCCCCUGAGGAGAUGCAGUCAUCUCUCCCUCUGCCUCCACAGCUAAAGACCGUUAAUGCUGACUGUUCCAGCCAUCUCACUGGAGCUGUACAUAAGCUUCUGAUCCAGUGGUGAGAAUUGUUUGCAUGGCACCUGCUGGAUGGAGCAAUCCAGUCCAUGGAACCUUCUGAACAAGUUUCUGAAUUAUUUGGGAAUAUAUUUACAGAAGCCUGCUUAUAUGCAGUGCCCUUGUAUUGGUGUACUGAGCCCCUUUUCAGACUGUUUCUGCUUUAUGGAUAUGGUUAACUGAACUGGGAAAAGAGAAUUGUGUGAAUUCUUAAAAUCUCCAGUUACCAAGUGAGUUACUUUACAUUUGCACCUGGUUCCAUGUAUCUAGAAAGUAGCAAAUCUUCAACUAUCAUGAUAGUUACAACCCCUAGGGCAACCUCAAGGAAGAAUUUAUGUAAUUACUAACAGAUAUCCUUUUUUAUUACUGAAAAAUGAUCUCCAUCCAUUUUAAAAAAAAACUAAGCAAAUCUUCUAACAGGUUGGAACAGUAUCUGAAGCCAAAGGUAAAUUGGGAACUCAAUAGGCAGGAUUAUGGGGUGUGUUAAAAAAAAUACAAAGAUAACCCAAAUUGUGUCUAGAGAAAUUGUGCACGUAUACAUUAUGCAAAUAGCAUGCUUUUGUGUUUAUUUUAUGCAAUUGUUUCUGCAAGCUAUAGGUUGGAAGAAGCCAUGCAGCACAAUCAAGCGAUACAUUCGAAAUACUUAGAAAUGCUGUUCAGUUCCUUUUUCAGCUUCUGAGAUUUUACCUGACAAUCCUUAUACUUUCUAGGACCUAUAUUUGUAGAUAUAAUGGCCAGAAACUCUUGCUGUCUUUUUUUGGGGGGGGAAACCCUUGAAGAUUCUCAGACUAUUUCAUGGAAUAAUUCAUACAAAAUUGGGAAAAUCAAUUUGAGGACUAGCUGGUGUCUUUCACUUCUAUGGCACAACUUUGCACUGUUGCAUCCCUUCUAUGUCUGAAUGUAAUGAAACCAAAGUAGACAUCUUAAAAUUGAGCUCUACUUUCUUAAAUACUAAAAAUUCAUUGUUCAGUUCAUAUUGACUCAAAAUUAUUAGGCAACAUUGUGUUGGAUCCAGGGCAUCCAUUCUGUUAGCUGCAAUACCAAUCCUCCUGGAGGAAGGGGGAAACGUCAAUUUUCUUGACUUUCCCUUUUCUUAUGCUUUUCAAGUCCUCUGGAGCAGAUUUGUAAGGUGCAUAGGAGUGUGUAGGACAAGGAGUAACCAAAAAUUACCUCCUCUCUCCCCCACCUCUCCCCCAAAAAUUGUCUUUGUAGUAGAGUUCCACUGCAGGUAUCUGGAUUUAAGCAUGAGCUGAAGAUCAAUAUGGUUCUGUUCUGGCUACACUAGUAGUAUGCUUUAUGUUAAUUGGAUCUUAAGUGAUAAUCUAGAAUGGGGAAAUGGUCAUCUGCCUUUACAUCUUGGAGAAAAGUGAAGUACUCUUUCUUUAAUAGGGGCCUAUUUGUGAUAGAAAAGCUACAGUUCCAACAACGUAGGAGCAGUGUAAAAUAAUUGUAUUUAUUUGUCUUGGUCAGACCAUCCUUUUGUACUAUAGCAUCCUGUCUUCAGCAGUGACCAACCAUCAGAAAGAAAUAAGAUAGUAUUUUAUGCCAAUUACGUCUUUUUCAGCAUUCAGAAGUUUAACAGUAUGAUCUCCAAACCCAUAUAAUAACUAAUAUGUUGAUAAAAUAAUAAAUUUGUUUAAUUCCUGUUUGAAUCCAGUAAAGUACUGCCUUUCGCAUCAGUCUCUAGUAAUGAGAUCUACAGAUGUACUGUGAAUUGUUUAAGGAAGGUGUGUCUAUGUUUGUGGUGCCCAUUCUAGAGUUACUGCUUUAUAAUAUAAAUAGAAUAUUCCCAUUCAGUCUUCAUGAUCAGUUUACGGCUCAUCUACACUCUUCUAGGUGUUUUUCAUGAGUAAAGCUAAAAAGCACCUUUGAAUCCCUCUUGUUACGAUUUCUGCAUCUGAAUGGUAAGCACAUAUUGAAGACAAUGUAGGAAUUACAUUUGCAUAUGGGAAUGAUUUAAGGAAAAGUGCUUUGUAAAAAAUUUAGACAUGAACUGAACUGUUUCACCUGCCUUGGUGUGUUUCCGCAAGUUUUUUUGUUUUUUAACUGCAGUACCUUGGAGUCAAUGACUUUAUAAAAAAAACUGACAUUUAGAAUUCAACAUUGUGGAUGUAUUUUUUUACAAAUUCCACGGCAACCUAGCCAAUUACACCAUCUUUCCUAAUCUUCAGUGUAUGUUAAAAUACUACCGGUGUUAAGAAAACCCUUCAAGGCAUCAGACUCUGAUGUUUAACUUUUUGUUAAAUACCCCCCAGUACAUUCAAAUGUAUGUUGGGUCAUUUUUGUUUCUAUCGCCACUUUACCUGCCUGCCUUUUCUGUGAUGCUGGCGUAGCCAUGGUAAUGUUCAUUUUUUUCCACCCAAACAAAGUUUAGUAUUGCAGCCAGCUUAGCCUUUUAACUAAUGUACAGACUUCAUUUUUAAACCUACACACCUGAUUUGGAUAGGAAAGGGUGCCUAUAGUAGUACAUUUAAAUUAUAGUGAGUAACCCCUCUUGUGACUGUUGCUUAUUAAAAUGCAUGUUGUGUUAGAAUUGUUCAAAGCCAAGCUUGUAAUAAUACAUAUCUAUGCAAAUACUGUGAGUUUUAAACAUUAGAAAUGUGAGGUUAGUGAUUAAUUUGGGCGUUCUUGGCAGAAACGGAAAUUAGUGCCUUUGCAGCUAUAUUCUGGACUUUUGACUGCAGAUCAGGUUGGUAAACCAUUGCUUUUUACUUCUCCAGACCAAUGUGGCAUUUAUUUUGUAGUUCUUGUAUGGCAAAAGCUUGAGAACUGGGAUUUUUAUUAAAACAAUGCAAUUUAAAUUA